GGGAGCCAGACCCGGCGGAGCCGCCGAAACCCGCCCCCUCCGGCCCUCCCCGCGGGGACCCACCGCCCCCCCAGCCCAGCGCCGGGCCUGAGCCCCCGGCUGCGGCCCCCUGCCCCGCGGCAAGAUGAGCGAGGAAAGGUAUGAAAGACCGUGUGUAGAAGAAAAUGCCUUUGAAGCACUGGAAAAAGACUUCCAAGAAGUCAUCAGUGAACUUACGGGAGAUAAAAGUCUGGAGAAAUUCCGGAUAGAAUAUGAGAAGCUCCACACGGUUAUGAAGAAAUCCUACGAAAAUGAAAGGCGUCUCAUGUCAAAAUGCAGGGAGCUGAAUGCUGAGAUUGUGGUGAAUUCGGCUAAAGUGGCUGCAGCCCUGAAGCUCUCUCAAGAUGAUCAGACGACGAUAGCAUCACUGAAGAGGGAGAUUGAAAAGGCCUGGAAAAUGGUGGAUGCAGCCUAUGACAAGGAGCAGAAAGCAAAGGAAACCAUUCUCUCACUGAAAGAGGAAAUUAUGAACCUGACUAAAUUAGUGGAGCAAGGAUCUGGAUUAUCACUGGGUCAAGAGCACAAUAUUCGGGAUUUGCUGAGGUUUAAGGAAGAAGUAACAAAGGAGCGAGACCAGCUCUUGUCAGAGGUUGUGAAGUUACGUGAAAAUCUAAUCCAAGCUACAGAGCAACAGCAAGAAACAGAGAGGGCAAAAAAUGAGGCAGAACAAAGCAUUGAUCAGUUCCAGCAGGAAAUCCAGAUGCGUCAGAAUGAGGCAUCCCGGGAGUCUCGAAAGAAGGACAAACUGGAGAAGGAGCUUAAACACAUUCAAGUGGAAAUGGACAACAAGCAGAGUGAAAUAAAGGCGCUGCAGCAGCAUGUGCUGAAGAACAAAGAGGAGCUCCUAAAACUGGAACAGCAGCUCAAGGAACAGAAGAUCCUGAAUGAAAGAGCUGCCAAAGAACUUGAGCAAUUUCAGACGAGAAACUCUAAACUCCAGCAAGAGAACGAGCAGCACAGCAUGGCCUUUGAACAAAUAACACAAGAGAACCAGCAGAAAACAGUGGAGCUGAAAAUGAGGGAGGAUGAGGUGACUCAGAUGCGUCAUGAAAUUUCAAAACUCUCCAAGGUAAGAGAAGUUAUCCAGAGAAAACUGCGUGUUGCAGAGGAACAAAAAGUUGAAGCAGAAUACCAGAGGGAUACCCUAAGAAACCAAAUCUCUGGACUAGAGAGAGAGUUGGAGAUUGUUAAAAAGCAGGUAGAAAUUGAUAAGAAAGCCAUAGAUGAGCUGGUGAGAGAAAGGGACAUAUUAAACAAGAACUUGCUUAAGGCUGCCAGUGUCACUCAAAAGCAGCUGAACCUGGUAAAGCUCCAUGAACAGUCCAAGAGGAACUUGGAAGAAGAAAUUCAGAACUAUAAGGAUGAGGCUCAGAAGCAGAGGAAGAUCAUCUACCAGCUGGAAAAAGAGAGAGACCGUUAUAUCAAUGAAGCUAGUGAACUCACCCAGAAGGUCCUCCAGCACAUGGAAGAUAUCAAAGUGCGGGAAAUGCAGAUCUUUGACUACAAGAAGAAGAUAGCAGAGGCUGAGACUAAAUUAAAACAGCAACAAAAUCUGUAUGAAGCCGUGAGAUCAGACAGGAACCUAUACAGUAAAAAUCUGAUUGAAGCUCAGGAUGAGAUCACUGAAAUGAAGAAAAAACUGAAGAUCAUGACUCAUCAGGUUGAUCAGCUUAAAGAAGAGAUCACAGCCAAAGAGGCAGCUCUUGUGAAAGUACAUAUGGAACAUCAACGAAUAGAAAAGGAAAAGGAGUCUCUGAAGGCUGAGCUGCUUAAGAUGAAACAACAAGCCCUGGAGACCAAACACUUUAUUGAAAAACAGGAAGCAGAAGAGAGAAAACUCCUGAAAAUUAUUGCUGAGGCUGAUGCCGAGAGGCUGAGGCAGAAGAAGGAAUUAGACCAGGUUAUCAGCGAGAGAGACAUCCUGGGGUCGCAGCUUGUUCGGCGCAAUGAUGAAUUAGCUCUGCUUUAUGAAAAGAUCAAAAUCCAGCAGUCUAUCCUAAACAAGGGGGAGACUCAAUACCGGCAGAGAAUGGAAGACAUUCGACUCCUCAAGCUGGAGAUCAAGAAACUUCGGAGGGAGAAGGGAAUACUUUGCAAGAGCGUGGCUAAUGUGGAGGAACUCAGGCAGGAGGUUUAUCACAUGCAGAAGGAGCUACUGAAGGAACGAACUCGAUGCAGAGCCCUAGAGGAGGAGCUGGAGAACCCCAUGAAUGUUCACAGAUGGAGAAAAUUGGAGGCCAGUGACCCGAGUACCUAUGAAUUGAUACAGAAGAUACACACGCUACAGAAACGGCUCAUCAGUAAGACAGAAGAAGUGGUUGAGAAAGAAUUGCUUCUUCAGCAACAACUGAAGACCAGGACUGGGGAAUUAGGAUCUGCAAGAUUGGGAGCACCUUGGACAUCCACACCUUGCUGGCUUGGACUGCAUCAUAUUGGCCCAAAUCCUCAGCUGGAAAAGGAAAAGCUGUAUGUAGAGCUGAAGCACAUCUUGGCCCGGCAGCCUGGGCCAGAAGCGGCAGAACAGUUGCAGCUCUACCGACACACCCUCCGAGAGAAGACCAAGCAACUGAAAGUUUUGUCUUCAGAACUGAACAUGUAUGAGUCACAGAGUCAAGAGUACAAGUAUGAAAUAGAGAGACUGGGCAAUGAGCUCCUGAAUGUGAAGAAGAAAUACCUAACCCAGAAACGCAAGGAACAACAGACCAAGGAUAAGGAGCGAGUGUUGGCUAACUUGGAGCAGGAGUAUCCAACGCAGAGAAUGGACGUUCCCCGUUUCACUGGGGGAGGCUUUGCUCUCACCAAGCAGCCGCCCAAGGUUAUGGCCUAAACUGGAGUCAUCUCAUCAUGUCCCACUUUUCUUGCUGAACUAAAUUCGUUCUUGGGUGUUUUAGAGAAUGGUUUUAGAGUAACUCAUAUCAAAUGUUCUUUUUGGUAUUACUGCAUUGUUUUCAUAAAAGAAGCUUAUUCUAGA